AUGUGGGUAUGUGUAGAGAGUGGAGAGGGGGAGAAAUACGAGGAGAGAAGCUCAGAGAGGGGACUGACCGAUUUAUAUGAGGGGCAGGUGCUGAGAGGGGCAACCCCGGAAUAUCUAGGUAUGUUGUACGGAGUACCCACGGAGUGUUUACUUUGCACAAUGUUGACAUUUCUUCACCUUUUGUCACCUUUGUUUUUGUUUUAUUUUGCCAUGUCUUGCUACAUGUUCACUCUCUUUUACUUUUCUUGUAUCUUUGAAUGGAAUCCUUACAUACUAUGCUCUCUCAUCUCACCAAAAUACUUUUUUCACCGAAGACCAGAUUAA